GAACGUUUGUUUCAGUUCGCGUUUGGAAGUCACGCGGCUUUGAAGCAAUUUUUGUCCGAAUUAAUUCGCCGCGAAUUUAAUAAAAUUAAAUAAAAGUUUGUAUUGUUGUGUUGAUCGAAAUACAGAAUUCAGGGUUUACAAGAAACCCAACCGAACUGUUUUAUACAUUUUUAGGAGCUUUCCCAAAACUGUUGCAAUACAAAAUCACAAACGAUACACAAAAGGUGCUCUUUAGCUUAAGUGUGCUUGUUCGCUGCAUUUAAUCGUGACAUGCAAAUCGUUGGUGUGGCAAAUCGAAAUCUUAUUACGAAGAGACCAUCGUCGUCGUUUUUGUCGUCGCCAAUAUUACUGGGAGUGAAAAUUUAUUGAAAUUAAGUCGAUUUAGUUUUUUCGAAAAAGCUAAACGAGUCGCUUCGGAGUCUUAUUUAACAUCACAAAAACAACAAAAAAUGAGGAGGAGGUGAAGGCAAUACCAACUGCAGCAGUAUAUUAAUCAAGAUCGUGUUUAAGUGAUACCGCCACCACCGUGCGUCGUACUCGCUGCUGCCACUACCAAGUUACCUAUUCUGCGUACAAUAGUUUUCUUCGGAGACUGUGUAUAAUUUCUGGCUAACAACUAUAACAUAUGGGCUAAUAGAGCAUUGGUCCGGUUGUUGCACUUUUUUUUUAUUCUUUUUGCAUACUCACAUCUCCAGCGCAGUUUAUACUUGGUUAGUGUAAACACCUUCAAAACAAAUAUCACUGUUGCAAUAGAAAAAAAAAAAAAUAAUACUCCAUAACAGAAAACGUCAAUAGGCUUAGCUCGUAUCUUAAGUGGAAAAGCUUAGAGAAAAACGUAUUUGAAAAAAGUUGUAUGGGAACAUAAGUUUUGGUUUUUCUUUUUGUAUCUUUUGCUGCGCACUCACGUGAAUGUUGCAAUAUUGCGGCAGAGUCGUAUAGUGCGUAGAGUUUUGCCGUCAUCGUAGUUGUCGUGAGGUGGUCCUGUGUUUUGUUGUUGUGUUCAUUGAAAUUAAGUGCAUUCGAAUAGAUUUUCAGUUUCACUUUUUAGUUUUUGUAUUUAAUUUAUGUAAUUACUCGUUUGAGGAUUUUUGUAUGUACGUAGUAUACGCGAAUUGUAAUUAAUUUUUGUAUCUUUUUUUAUCGGUUGGAAUGAUUCAUUUUUUCCUGUUAUAAAGGGAGUGUUAAAACUAAGUAUUAUUGUUGUUAACAGUUUUAGGUUUUUGUGUUUUGUACCUAAGCGAAACAUUUGGGUUGCCUUAAGUGAGGAACAUUUUGUUUCACGACAACAUUUUGACAGAAGAAGUGAUUUUUAAAGAAGAGACGAGAUGUUACGAAGGAUUACAUUUUUGGUGGUGAUCAUAUUUGGAUAUUUGUUAAUAACAGAUUGCCGCGAGCAAGUACGUUCGAAACGUACAAAACGGCCACGUGCUCCAGAACCUGUUAAUUUCGAACCAGAACCACAACAAGAUUUGGAAAAUGAAGAUAGUGGAUCUCAAGAGAAGGAUGUACCAACGAUACCAACUAAUUUUCUUAGUCCUUCAGUCAGGGAGUAUUUGGAAUUAGGAAAAUCAAUACCUGGUCGGCCAGGAACGGAUUAUCCAAUCCUCUCGGCGAUACCCUAUACGAAUUUCUAUUGUGAUGAACAGGCGUAUCCGGGAUUUUUUGCCGAUAUGGAAACAAGAUGUCAAGGUUGGCACUACUGUGACAUAGAUGGACGACAGGCAAGCUUCCUCUGUCCCAAUGGAACACAAUUCUCGCAGGCGGUAUUUGUGUGUGAUUGGUGGUUCAAUGUACGCUGUGAUCUAUCGCCAAGGCUCUAUGCCAUCAAUGCCAGGCUCUAUCAGCGGCCAAAAGUGAAUCCAACACGGCCCCACCGAAUCAUCACGAAGCAACUGGUCGAUGAUAUUUUUAAUAAAUAAAUUAUAAAUAUAAAUUCAACAAAAUCCAAUAAACAAACAAAACAAAAACGAAGAAGAUUUAAGUGAGACUCACGAGUGCAUUAAAAAUGAAAUUGUAUAAAAUUUAAAAAAGAAAUAUGAAUUUUUCCUUUUUACUCAUAAUAAUAAAAUAAACAUUCAACACUUUAAAAAAAAAAACAGAUAAAAUAUAUUUAAAAAUUAAGAUAUCGAAAUUUUGUAUACUUUUGUUAAUAAUAAUUGAAAUAUGUUCUAUAAGAAAUAAAGAUGCUUUGACAUUCAAAGCAACUAUGUACUAUAUAAGUAAUGAAAAGGCAGAGACACACAUAUACAUACACACAUCGCUAUACACAUACAACACAUACAAUAACAGAAAACUAUAGAAAUUUUUAUUUUUUUUAUCGCGGUCAACUCUUCAAAAUUUUAACAUUUUUUUAAAAAUAUUUUUUUUCAAUUACAAAAUUUAAAUUUAAGAAAUAAAAAUAAAAAUCAUAUAAAUAUAUGAAAUUUAUUAAUAAAUAAUUAAGAAAAUAAUAGUUUUUAUGAGCUAAAAAAUAUCCUGUACCUAUAUUUUCAAUUUAAUAUAUUUAAGAGAAAUAAAUUAAUUCACUCCUAGAGAA